GAGCGUCCUUCAUUGUCCCGGCCCCCAGUGGAGAGGAAGUAGAGAGGGGCCUUGGGAGGGCUCUCACUCCUGUAGUUCUGCAAACGUGCCGCAGCGCGACUUCCCAUCCUGGUUUCCUCGACCCUUGGCCAAGCCGCUGCGUCUCCACUCAAGCUGGAUUCCUCCUUGGAGGAGAAAGCAUCUCCAGUGACAGUCCCCGACCGGGUCUUCAUGCCUGCUGGGGCUCGUGCUGCUGAUGUGCGCUCCAGCCUGCGGACCAGCCAGGGAAGGUGAGUGGCACUUCCCCCUUCUCUCCACAGUCCACGGGCAUCAUGUCGCUGGCGCCCAUGCGGGAGGUCCGGGGAUGCUGUCUGCCAUCUGGUGACGGCCGCCGAGUCUCCCAUGACCGCAGCUCCCUGGGGCCCAGACUGCUUGUGUUCAGGCCAGCUUCUGCAGCUGAUACAUGACCACUCAGCUAGGGGAGCCGGUCUCGCCCCCACCUUCUCAAAACCACAGUCCUUUCUGUGGGAAGUUGCAGCUCGGGAAGGGAGCCGCGGUUGCACAGCAAGUCCCUGGGUGUGGAAGAUGGACCUUAGGGGAUCGCCGCCCUCCCAGCCUCGGGGGCAGCAAGGCCCCGGUGUCUUCCCCACGGGGUGCUCCCCCAGGAGCGACGCAGGAAACGCCGCCGUCGCACAUCCGCGGAGAACAGGACAGUCGGUCCCUGGGCCACGGGAAAGGAAGUAGCCCCUGCCCCCUUCCCGUUUCCAGCCCGGCUCUGCAGCCACAGCUGUCGCCCGUGCGACUUCUCCCUCAGACCCCGGUUGGCGCAGACCCGCCUCGCUCUGAUCCUGAUUUCCCAGACGAAGAGAGAAGGAAGCUUCCUCCCAGAAGGAACCUUCCACUGAAGUGCCUUUCGAUCCAGGAUAUGUCAGAACUGCUCUCUUACAUGUAGAAUACUGACCACAGGGUGUGAGGAGGCGUCCUGUCCCCUCAAGAGCCCUGGCCCCACGUACAGCUGGGGAGCACAGCACUGCAGGGCCAAGCCAGAGAGACUCAGAACCAGCCCAGGCUUCUGGGACGCUCUCCCAAGGUUUGUCCAUGCUGAACUCAGGCCGUGGGUUAAUGCCAACACGCCCUGUGCCUGACCCUGCUUUUACCCCAUGAGUGCCCAGUCCGAGCCUAAGCAGAAAUCCAAAUCCACAUCCAGAAGAAACAAAGCUUCCACUACCAGGAGUUCGCCAGGUUUGCCUGGAAGACCUGAGAAGUAUUCUGAGCUGCAAGACUGAGCUCCAGCCCUUGCAAAGUGCCCUGUCCGCCGUCCCACGCCACGCCACCCGCCCCAUUCAGAAGAGUGGGGUGCAGUCCUGCUUCUGACAGCCCAGCCCUCUCGGCCCAAAGAGGGGAGCUCAAUGACCCUGAUCUGUGAGACCCAGGGCACUUCUCGGAAGACAGAUGCCCAGCUCGAGUUCUGCUUCUUCAAAGACGGCCGGGCCCUGGGGCAGGGCUGGAGCAGCUCCCCGAAGCUCCUGCUCCCCACGGUGUGGAGGGAAGACUCAGGGUCCUACUGGUGUGAAGAAAAGACCACGGCGCUCAGAGCCACACGGAGCCCCAGGAUCCAGAUACAGGUGCAAGACAACGAUGCGUCCAUGGUGCCUGGAAGAGGAUGUGGACUACCUCCAGAAGGCGUCCCCGUCUGGAAUGUGAGCUUGGAGGUGCAGCCUCCAGGGGGACAAGUGCAGAAGGGAAAGAAGCUGGUUCUCAUCUGCUUGGCCACCCAGGGCACAGGAGACAUCACCUUCUCCUGGUACAAAGGGGCCCUGGGUUUGAACCUGGAAACAAAGACCCAGAGCUCACUGGCCGCAAAGUUUGAGAUCCUGGCGGUGACAGACAGUGACACAGAGAAAUACUACUGCACGGCCGACAACGGCUAUGGCCCCAGCAUCAGCGAGCUGGUGAGCGUCACCGUCAGAAGUCCAGUGUCCCGCCCUGUCCUCACCGUCGGGGAGCUGGGGGCCCAGGUCUUCCCUGGGGACACGGUAGAGCUUCACUGUGAGGCCCAGAGCGGCUCUCCCCCGAUCCUGUACCGGUUUUAUCACGAGGAUGUCAUCCUGGGAAGCAGCUCGGCCCCCUCUGGAGGAGGAGCAUCCUUCAACCUCUCUCUGACCGCAGAACAUUCUGGAAACUACUCCUGUGAGGCCGAUAAUGGCCUGGGGCCUCAGCUCAGCGAGGCGGUGCCACUCACUGUCACAGUGCCUACGGAGGACAGGAAGGAACUUCUCGCCUCGGGAAUCCUUGAGGGACUGUUUGGCACCCUUGGUCCCACCAUUAUGGCCCUAUUGUUCUGCUGUUGGCUCAAGAAAAGAAUAGGAAGACGUCCGGCCCGGGACCCGAGCAGGAGCCCUCCCAGCCCCGUGCCACAGGUGUCCAACUACGUCAACUCAGCUGCACCCCUGCAGGAACCGUCUGUAUAUGAGAACGUGAACGUCGUAAGUAGCGGGAACGAGGUCUACUCUUUGGUGUACCAUACGCAGCAGGAGCGGCCAGCAGCAGUAGAGCCCCGGAGGACACAGAGCUCGGACCAGGACGCCGCAGCCAUCUAUUUUCGGCUGAAGAAGGCAAGCGUUACGGACGUGGACUAUGAAGACGCUAUGUAACGUCCUGGAAGAGCUGCUCUUUGGAGACCGUCCCUGACCCCAGCCUCAGAGCCGAUAUGCUCUUAGGAUCCUGGGUCAGUCAGCCUUCCAGGACUUCUCAUCCAGGUGCUUCCCCCCCAGAGACUAUCCCCGCACCUACCAUGACGUGGAGGUGGGUCUAGCCCUGAAGAAACCACCCAAAAGAAGCACCGUGAACGAAGGAGUGGGACCCAACUCCUACUGGUUCUUUCAGGCACAGGUCAAACUGUGCUCUAGUUUCUUUCUAGAAGAGGAAACAGGGUGGGUGAAAGAACUGGGGACCUUGGGGUGGAGGGACAGUGAAGCUCACUCAGAGCCCAUAGACAUGAGUUAGCGAUUCCGCAGGGCGGCUGCUUGGAGAUGCGCGCCCGUCCUCUCGUCCGAGUGCAGACGAGCUCUGUGCUAAACUCCGGAACAGAACUCCAGCCCUGGGGCUCCUGGAUGGCACAGCGGUUAGGCGUCUGCCUUCGGCUCAGGGCGUGAUCCCGGCGUUAUGCGGUCUAGCCCCGCAUCAGGCUCCUCCGCUAUGAGCCUGCUUCUUCCUCUCUCACUCCCCCUGCUUGUGUUCCCUCUCUCGCUGUGUCUCUAUCUCUGUCAAAUAAAUAAAAAAAUAAAAUCUUUAAAAAAAAAAAAAAAAAGAACUCCAGCCCUGACACCUACAUGACUCAUUCUGCUUCUGCAAGAACUAUGUGACUCUGUGCAUUUGGGGUCACUGCUACCAAAUUAGAAUCCAAAGUUUCGUGAAUAGUUACUGCGGGUACAUUCAAUUUUAGUGACAUACUUUGUACACACGGACGCAUCUGGGUGCCCCCGUAUUUAUAACGAGAUACAAUCUUUCUAAGUUUCACCACAUCCAAAGUGCUGUGUUUGUUGCACCUCUAAAGGCUUUAUGAAUAUAAUUUUUCUUCUUUUAAUCACAAACUUUAAAAAAAUGUGACAAUACAAUGCAAAGUCUAUGUUUUAAUUUUAAAACAAUUAUACACCAACUCUUAAAAAUUAAAACAAUUUAGAAGUAUAUAAUGUAAAAUGUCGGAGCCUUCCCUACGUCUCACAAGUGGUACCCAUUGUUUAAAAACUGAGCAUUGUUAAUUCAAUACUACUGUAAUAUAUUUUAAUCUUUUCAAUGCUGAUGGACAUUAGGUGGUUUCCCAAAAUUUUAUGUUAUAAAAACAAUGCUAAGAAAAGUGUCCUCGCACGUAUGUAUUUCUGGGUUCCUGCUAAUCCCUCUGAAGGAUAAAUUUAUAAAUCAGGGACUUGGGCAUUUUAGGUUGUGCACAUUUUAUGUUUUUGUUUAAUACUCUCGAACGGCUCUGCUGUGUCAGUGAACACAUCGACUGACAAUGCACGAACCCGUCUGGGAGAGAAAAGUACCAUUGUUACUUCAAUUGAAAAUUUUAAAACGACUAAUGCAGUUGAGCAUUUUCCCCAUAAAUUGACUGUUCAUUUGUAGUUCUUCCCAAAGUUUCCUGUGCUGGCCCUUUAUGCAUUUUCUCAGUGUUCAUUUGCCGCCUUCUUACAGUUUUUGUAGGCACUAUUUAUCACUUAUACACAGCGAGGGGCACUCAGUGCCAUCAGACUGACAAAUCCACACACCCAAGUAACCCAAACUCUUGUCGGGAUAUAAAAUUUCUCCAUCAUUCCGGAAACUACCCUCACAUUCCCUCCCAUGUGAUUUUGUUCUAAAAAUGUCCUUAUAUGUUCGUAUCAUGCUUUCAUAAUUGUGAGAUAUAUUCAUUCAGGGUAUCAUAUGUAUGUUUGGUGGGAGGUAAGAAUCUGACUUCUCCUGUUUUGGAUUUUUAUAUUAUAUUUUUUAUAUUAUGACUUUACUUUUUGGAAUAAAAAAAUUGUGUGAGAUAGAGA